AACCCUAAACCUCAAUAAACAAGAGGAGUAAGAUUUUGCAGAGAAGCAGAGCAGCCAUUUCUCUCUUUCGAGUUCGAAAUGGUCGGUCCAUUGAUUCGAUCUCUCUGGUCUACAACUAGGAGAUCCUUCUCCUCCUCUCAUUAUUCUCAUAUCAAACCUUUAUCCUAUGCUCGAGCUUUCUCCACCGCCACAGCUACCGCUCCCGUUGGCUCCGCCGCCACUGCACCCGGCGGCGCUCUGGAUCCCGACCGGCUAAGGAAUGUCGCGGUUAUAGCUCACGUCGAUCAUGGAAAGACUACUCUCAUGGAUAGGCUGCUUCGUCAGUGCGGCGCUGAUAUACCUCACGAGCGUGCCUUAGAUUCUAUCGACCUCGAACGAGAGCGCGGCAUCACUAUUGCUUCUAAGGUUACAUCCAUCUCGUGGAAGGACAAAGAGCUAAACAUGGUGGACACUCCUGGACACGCAGAUUUUGGUGGUGAAGUUGAGAGGGUUGUUGGCAUGGUUGAGGGAGCAGUCCUUGUUGUUGAUGCUGGUGAAGGUCCACUUGCACAAACAAAAUUUGUUCUUGCCAAGGCCCUUAAAUAUGGUUUACGCCCCAUUCUUCUUCUCAAUAAAGUAGACAAACCUGCAGUGACUGAAGAGAGAUGUAAUGAAGUUGAGAGCCUUGUAUUUGAUCUUUUCGCAAACCUUGGUGCUUCAGAGGAACAGUUAGAUUUUCCUGUUCUUUACGCUUCAGCUAAAGAAGGAUGGGCAUCUUCCACAUAUACAAAAAGUCCUCCUGAUGUGAAGGAUAUGUCACAAUUGCUCAAUGCUAUUGUUGGGCAUGUUCCUCCACCGAGUGCUAGCCUAGAUGCCCCUUUUCAGAUGUUGGUUUCCAUGAUGGAGAAAGAUCCUUAUCUUGGUCGUGUUUUGACGGGUCGUGUAACUUGUGGAGUUGUUCGUGUUGGUGAUAAAGUACAAGGGCUGAAGAACACAGACAAUGGAACUGUAAAAAUUGAAGAAGGAAAGGUUGUAAAGCUGAUGAAAAAGAAGGGUAUGAGAGCAGAUCCAGUUGAUAGUGCUGGUGCAGGUGACAUAGUGUCCAUGGCAGGUUUGUCAAGUCCGACAAUUGGACACACAGUUGCGAAUGCAGAGGUUACGACAGCAUUGCCCACAGUUGUGCUUGACCCCCCUACCAUCUCCAUGACUUUCGGUGUCAAUGAUUCUCCCUUAGCUGGUUCUGAUGGUAUUCAUUUGACUGGAGGGAAAAUUGGUGACCGGCUGCUAGCUGAAUCAGAAACCAAUCUUGCCAUAAAUGUUCUCCCCAGUACGACCGAAUCAUUUGAAGUGCAGGGUAGAGGUGAACUUCAAUUAGGUAUCUUAAUUGAGAACAUGAGACGUGAAGGAUUUGAGCUCUCUGUCUCCCCACCUAAAGUCAUGUACAAAGUAGAGAAAGGUACUAAGCUUGAGCCAAUUGAAGAAGUGACUAUUGAGGUUGAUGACGAGCACGUAGGUUUGGUCAUGGAAGCACUUUCUCACAGGCGGGGUGAAGUUACUGACAUGGGCCCUGUUCCUGGCAGCAUGGGAAGGACUAGAAUGUGUCUGACAUGUCCUUCAAGAGGGCUAGUGGGCUAUAGAAGUGUGUUCAGCAGUGACACCCGUGGCUCUGGAUUUAUGCAUCGGGCUUUUCUGACUUAUGAAAAAUAUCGUGGUCCUCUUGGAAAUGUCAGGAAAGGAGUUCUAGUAUCAAUGGGCCGUGGGUUAAUCACUGCUCAUGCACUGAUGGGUUUAGAAGCUCGCGGAGUUCUCUUUGUGGCACCUGCAAUGGAGACAUAUGAUGGCAUGAUUAUUGGAGAACAUUCUCGAGAUACAGAUCUUGAUGUCAACCCGGUUAAGUCAAAAGAACUCAACAAUAUAAGGUGCGCUAGCAAGGAUGAGAAUGUCAAGUUAACUCCUCCCCGCCUUAUGUCUCUCGAAGAAGCCAUAGGAUAUGUUGCUUCCGAUGAGCUUAUUGAGGUUACACCAAAAGCCAUUAGGCUAAGAAAGAGAUACUUGGAAGUGAACAAGAGAAAAUCAAUGAGCAAGAGGCCCAAGGAUUGAAGUAUUUUUCCUCUAUACUGGUCAAAGAUUUAGCCUCACAUUUUGUAUACAUGAAAUUUAAUUAUCUUCAUCUCUACUUUAAUGUUCCUCCUUUAUACACAUCUUUACAAUUAUAUAGAUAGGGAAAAAAAUUGUAUCACAUAAAUAUUCUUUUUCAAGCACUCUAUCGGGAAUGUAUUUCAGUGUAACAGCUUAUUAAAAGCAGAGUUACCGAAAAUAAAAUGCUUGAAUGCAAUAAAAUUUUGUCCAACUUUGACCCCUC